CGCCCCCGCUCCCGGCUUCCCGCUGCCGCCGCGGCCGCCGCCGCCCGGAGGAGAGAGACUGAAGGAGAUUGAGAGAGAGAGGAGGUAGUCGUGAGGCCGAGCCUGCCCGACCCGGAUCCUGGACCCUGAUCCAGACCCCAGCCUGGUGUCUGUUCCUGCGUCCGAGCCCAGCCUAGCCUGUGGGGUCUCCGGCCCGCCCGCCUGGAGCCCGGGCUGGGCCGGGGCAGGGGCCCGGCCGAGGAGCAGUCCCUCCUGCCCCCGCACCCGUCGCCGCCAGAACCGCAGGCUCAAAAACUUGAUGAUUGAACGCGCUUAAGAGACUCCGCAGACCGGAAGCAAACAAGAUGGGGACUCCUGGCUCUGGGAGGAAGAGGACCCCCGUGAAAGACCGCUUCUCUGCUGAGGAUGAAGCUCUGAGCAACAUUGCUCGGGAGGCUGAGGCCAGGCUGGCAGCCAAACGGGCUGCCCGAGCCGAAGCACGAGAUAUCCGGAUGAGGGAGCUGGAGCGGCAACAAAAGGAGCACUCUCAUCGUUCCUAUGAUCGGAAAUGGGGACAAAUUCACAAGUGGAUGGAAGAUGCAGAAAGGGCCAGGUACUCUCACCGGUCCAGUCACCACCGCCCCCACCUGGGAGUCGAGGACGUGUUGUCCCCUCGAAAUAUUGGCAGCCACAGGCCUGACCCUCUGAAGGCUCGGCCUACGCAGCGCUCGUCCUCAAGCCGAGCCUACGGGGACUCUAAUGGAACGAAGAGGAGGCCUUCCAGCAGCCACCGAGAUGCCCUGAAAGGCCUCUACUACGACCAGAGGAACUACAGCAGCCUCAGACCCAGCAAGCCCCCUUCUGCCUACUCCACUCGGGCUUCUUCCUUGUACGGAGAGCCCCCGGCAACUUCCAAAACGCACGGGGUUUCUCGUGCAAUAAACAGUGGUCUGAUGAGAAGCGCCAGUUUGGCCUCUCUGGGUGACGUGGGAUUGUAUAGCCCUUACAGUUCUCGAACACCAUCGGAGUAUAGUUACUCGUCUCGAGCCAGUUCGUCCCGGAGCAGCCCUGUGGUGAGAGCUGCCCCUGCCCGGAGGCCUGCUUCACGGCGCCUCCCCUGGGAAGCCUGGUUUUCAGACGAUGACACCUGGAGUCUCGCGUCCUCAGAUCGCGGCAGCCACGGGCCAGGAGCUAGCGUGGUGUCCGCUGCUGAUUGCUUUGGGCGCUCCAGUCGGAGGGGAAGUGUCGUCUCUGACGUGGACGAUGUCAUUAUCCCGGAUGUGAACAGUCUGGAUGAAAAAUGUGACAAGCAGUAUGCUGAGGCUUACACCAGGCCUUCUUCUCGCAAUUCUGCCACCACCCCCCUGAGUGGGAGCGCCUCCCGCCGCGGGAGCGGAGACACGGGCAGCCUUGUGGACCCGGACUCCUCGCUGAGUGACUUACGGGAUAUCUAUGAUCUUAAGGACCAGAUACAAGAUGUAGAAGGGAGAUACAUGCAGGGACUUAAAGAGCUCAAGGAUUCUCUGGCAGCCGUGGAGGAGAAAUACAAGAAAGCCAUGGUCUCCAAUGCCCAGCUCGACAACGAGAAGAACAACUUGAUCUACCAAGUGGACACGCUGAAGGACGUGCUCGAGGGCCAAGAAGAGCAGAUGGCGGAAUUCUACCGUGAGCAUGAGGAGAAAUCCAAGGAGCUGGAACGGCAGAGGCAUCUGUGCACGGUGCUACAGCACAAGAUGGAGUUGCUCAAGGAGGGCCUGCGGCAACGGGAUGAGCUUAUUGAGGAGAAGCUCUGCAUGCAGCAGAGAAUAGACACCAUAACCAAAGAGUUGUUUGACCUCCAGGAGACACUUAUUUGGAAAGAUAAAAAAAUUGGGGCCCUAGAGAGGCAGAAAGAGUCCUUUGACUGCCUUAGGAAUGAGCGAGAUGCGCUCAGAGAGGAAUUGACUGAGCUGAAGGAUACCCUGCAGACCAGACAGAAACACGGCUUGGUUAUAAUCCCCGAUGGCACUCCGAAUGGCGACGUCGGCCAUGAGCCCGUGGUGGGCGCCAUCACUGUGGUGUCUCAGGAAGCAGCCCAGGUCUUGGAGUCCGCAGGGGAAGGGCCUCUAGAUGUGAGGCUACGGAAACUUGCUGGAGAAAAAGAGGAGCUCCUAUCCCAGAUCAGAAAGCUAAAACUGCAGCUGGAAGAAGAAAGGCAGAAGUACUCCCGGCACGACGGGACUUUUGGAGACCUGGGAGGCCUGGAGAAUGGGGCCGACUUGCAGUUCAUUGAAAUGCAGAGAGAUGCCAACAGACAGAUCAGCGAAUACAAAUUCAAACUCUCCAAAGCGGAGCAAGAUAUGACGACCAUGGAACAGAACAUCGGGAGGCUGGAAGGGCAGGUGGCCAGGUACAAGACGGCCGCCGAGAACGCGGAGAAAGUGGAGGACGAGCUCAAGGCAGACAAGAGGAAGCUUCAGCGCGAGCUGCGGACGGCCCUGGACAAGAUCGAGGAGAUGGAGAUGACCAACAGCCACCUGGUGAAGAGGCUGGAGAAGAUGAAGGCCAACCGGACGGCCCUCCUGUCCCAGCAGUAGGCGAGCGAGCGCCCGGCCUGCGCCUCGCGGCUCGUGGCCGGGCCGCCUGCUCGGACCCUUCCCCGCCGCGUGAGUGCCGCGCCGCGCCGCGUCCUUGUUUUCUGACUAAGGCGGGACGGCGCCCCGGACGGCGGCCCGAGAGCCACAAGUGCCUUCUGUGCGCGGAGACGCGCUGGGGGAGGGGCGCCUUCCCGAACUCUGGAGACUUUUGUAAUCUAUUUAAAUUUGUAUCCGAGAAUGUCGCUGUGGCCAGGCCCGGGCUGGGCUGGGGGGGGCCUAUUAAAUGACGCUUUCUGGACCA